AGGAAAACUUAUUUUGAAUUUCAUCUCAAAGCCUGGUACAUUCCCACCCCCUAAUAAUCAAUCAAUACCACCAUGAGAUUCGGAUACGUUUCUAUUCUCGCCGGAUUAGUGGCAGUGGCCGUGGCAGAAUCUCAAAAUGGAGGAUGUCCUGUCAACAUCCAAGCUGCAAUGUCGUGCAUGGGCGCUCCAUGUCCGGCAAAGUGCUUGAUGGAGAAAGCCCAGGUCACGGAUAGUAAAGGGUGUUUGGACCUGGGAAAAGCAAAGGCAUUGAAGGAUCAGUGCAUGGAAGACAAAUUCAAAGGGGUGGUGGAUUGCGUGCAGCCACUAUUAAAGGAGGGCAUGUGUCAAUGUGGUGACUUUGAGCCCAUCAAGAGCGAAUGCACCAGUACAAUCAUGGAAGCUGCUGCAUAGCUUGUGUCCCGGAUUUGGAACAGAAAAUGGACAAGUUGAUAAUGGAGAUAGGAGGAUGGGUCAAGUAAACUCGGAGAUUGUUGAUCUUCC